GGAGUCGCGGAGCAUGGCAGCUUUGGAAGACAUGGCUCACUGAGAAACGAUAGAGCUUUCCUAAAGGUGUCUGCUGCACCUGCAUCUAGUACAGCCCCACAGACCAGCACGUCAGCCAAAUUGACCUCCUCAUCGCCACCAGAGACGUCGUUACCACCUAGCGCAGGAGUUGCUCCGCGCACGAUCGAGCACGUCUUCCGGCUUCUCAAUGAGAAUCCGCGCUACGCGACACGGGAAGUACACGUGACAAUGUGCGAGCUCUACAAUGCCAAGCUGAGAGACCUGCUUACUGAUGAUUUAUACACUCCUUUAUCCCGUUCCGGCUCAAUGUCGUCCUUUUCGUCCAAGAAGCUGUCUAGUGUUUCCACUAGGCAGCGGGCAAAAGGCGGUGAGAAAGACCUGGGGGAUUGUUCGUCACCCGAAGUAGAGGAAGCAAACGGAAGUCAACAUGGGAAACCUUUAUCGACGGCAAAAUUGAAUACGACUCGCGGCCGGCGUAGAUCUUCUCGAGGCAACAGUGUGGGGCCUAGAGGAGACCACAAAUCGUCAAACGUGCUGAACAACUCGACAGGCUCCGCUGGAGUGGGUGGCACAGAAGGCGCUCGCGCUGUGUCAACAACUAGUACGAGUUUGCUGGGUGGACUGAAUGCCAACACCUCAUCCUCGCGAGUCACUAACGCUUCUUCCGGAGGAGUGUCAGCAGAUCUUCAAGUAAAGAUUUCCCCAAGAUCUGGGCAAGUGCGCAUCCCGAACGCAACGGAGCGCCUCGUGACUAGCAAGCAGCAGCUUUUGCAGAUACUCGAGUUUGGAGUGCGAUUGCGCCGCACCGCGGCGACAAGGAUGAACCAUGACAGCAGUCGCAGCCAUUUGUUGUUGUCAGUCUACAUCCGGGAUCGGGAGGCCCCGGACUGCACAGGAAAAAUCACCUUUUGCGAUUUAGCAGGCUCAGAGAGGAUCAAAAAAUCUGGUGCGUCGGGAAUGGCGAUGAAGGAGGUAUCUGGUCGCUUUCAAUUGUAAUUGGAACAGAAGUGAGCGAUCAUUUCAACAUUUGCUUAAGUAAUACAUCUAUAUGGACGAGCACGAGAGUUGUGGCUACGCCUAUUUCUUCUGCAGCGCGUUCGCGACUAUUGCUAUUCUCAUUCAAUCUAUUAAUCCGAUCACCUUCCCAUUCUCUCACGACUUUCUGAAACUCAAACUUAACCUCUCCUCAGGCUGUCGAGAUCAACAAGUCAUUGUCGGCUUUAGGUGAUGUUUUGCAGGCAGUCACGGGAGGUGUCCGUGGCGCACCCAUUCCGUAUCGGAACCACAAGCUGACGCAAAUUAUGCAAGAUUCACUUGGAGGAUCCAGCAAGACGCUCAUGUUCGUGAAUGUUUCGCCAUGUGUGUCUGCUGUGGACGAAACGGUCAUGAGCUUACGCUUUGCUGCGCGGACGAAAAAGGUUGUGAACAAUGUCAGAUCUUCCGCCUAGGUAUUCCUGAUUAGCCCGUUAGAGUUAGUUGAUGAAAACAGCGAAAGGUUAUGAAAUGUUGCAAUUUUUGGUUUAAGAUGUAGUUUGGGAUGCUGCGCAACAGCAUUCGCGAUUCGAUGAGAAAAAGGCUUUUGGCUCCAAGGCCUUUCACCUUUUUCACGCUCUGCUGCUAUCAUGUAACGAUAGGAAUCAGAAUCUGCGGCGAAGGCGACAUUUUGGGCAUUUACUUGUAUGGCUCAGCCACGAAUCGAAGAUUGCGCAUUUCCAUUUCGGUCAUUAGAAAAUUUGG